ACAACAACAAGCUUGCUCUGGCCCGAUCCAGAUCUGGAAUGCUGCUGUCUCUAAGCUACGGCACCCUGGCAGGUGCUGCAGGGACACUGCGCUUGCUCUCCGGCUCAGCCCAGGCCAGGCCUCUCCAUCCUGCUCACCCAGACCUUGAGAGGAAAACGGAAACUAUUUGCUGUGAGGCCUUGGGCCAGUGGUUGGAUUUCAGGCACCAGCCGGCAAAUAGAAAAGGCAGGAAUGUGCCUCUCUGAACCUCUGAGAUGGGACGAGCAGGGUGCUGCGUACCCCACCUGUAGAAAACGGGCUUAUCUUUGCGGAGGGCAGUUUCUUCAUCUGGAAAAUAAAGAAAAAGCCAGCCUUUCCCUUCCGAGGGGAGUUGUCCCCUAUACGUGUCAGGGAAGCAAUGGGGCGCGUUUGGAAUCCUGGUCGACAGCAGCUCUCACUUUAAGAGGCCACAGGAGACAGGCGCAGACAGGGCUGUACCCUGAGCCCUCUUGUUCUGCAAGACCCAGCAGAGAUGCCAUCUUCUCCGGGAAGCCUUCCCCCUGGGGCUCAUGAAGGGAGACAAGCGUGAGGAGCCUGAGCCGGGCCCCGAACCUGCGGCCCCCCCGCCGCCCACGGAGGAGGAGGAGGCCCUGCUGGAGUUCCACCACUCCUACCGGGAGCUCUUCCAGUUCUUCUGCAACAACACGACCAUCCACGGCGCCAUCCGCCUGGUGUGCUCGCAGCACAACCGCAUGAAGACGGCCUUCUGGGCCGUGCUCUGGCUCUGCACCUUCGGCAUGAUGUACUGGCAGUUCGGCCUGCUCUUCGGAGAGUACUUCAGCUACCCCGUCAGCCUCAACAUCAACCUCAACUCGGAGAAGCUCGUCUUCCCCGCUGUCACCGUCUGCACCCUCAAUCCCUACAGGUACACGGAAAUUAAAGAGGAGCUGGAGGAGCUGGACCGCAUCACAGAGCAGACGCUCUUCGACCUGUACAAGUACAACUCCUCCAACACCCUCGUGGCCCACGCCCGCGGCCGCCGCGACCUGCGGGAGUCCCUGCCGCACCCCCUGCAGCGCCUGCCGGUCCCGGCUCCGCCCCACGCCGCCAGCAGAGUCCGCCGAUCCGGCUCCAGCCUGAGGGAUAAUAACCCGCAGGUGAACAGGAAGGACUGGAAGAUCGGCUUCCAACUGUGCAACCAGAACAAAUCAGACUGCUUCUACCAGACGUACUCAUCAGGGGUGGAUGCAGUGAGGGAGUGGUACCGCUUCCACUACAUCAACAUUCUGUCCAGACGGCAGGACACCUCUCCAUCGCUGGAGGAGGACGCGCUGGGCAAAUUCAUCUUCGCCUGCCGCUUCAACCAGGCCUCCUGCAAUGAGGCGAAUUACUCCCACUUCCACCACCCGAUGUACGGGAACUGCUACACUUUCAAUGACAAGAACAGCUCCAACCUCUGGAUGUCCUCCAUUUCUGGGGUCAACAACGGUCUGUCCCUGACGCUGCGUACAGAGCAGAAUGACUUCAUCCCGCUGCUGUCCACGGUGACCGGGGCCAGGGUGAUGGUACACGGGCAGGAUGAGCCCGCCUUUAUGGAUGAUGGAGGCUUUAACCUGCGGCCUGGUAUGGAGACCUCCAUCAGCAUGAGUAAGGAAGCCGUGGCAAGACUUGGGGGUGACUAUGGCGACUGCACCAAGAAUGGCAGCGAUGUCCCAGUGGAGAACCUUUACGGUACCAAGUACACGCAGCAGGUGUGUAUCCACUCCUGCUUCCAGGUGAACAUGAUCAGGGAGUGUGGCUGUGCCUACAUCUUCUACCCGCCGCCCAGGGGUGUGGAGUUCUGUGACUACAGGAAGCAUAAUUCCUGGGGCUACUGCUACUAUAAGCUCCAGGACGCCUUCUCCUCAGACCGCCUGGGCUGUUUCACCAAGUGCCGGAAGCCAUGCAGUGUGACCACCUACAAGCUCUCUGCCGGUUACUCACGAUGGCCCUCGGUGACAUCCCAGGACUGGGUCUUCAAGAUGCUGUCCCGACAGAACAAUUACACCAUCAAGAACAAGAGAGAUGGGGUUGCCAAACUCAACAUCUUCUUCAAGGAGCUGAACUACAAAACCAACUCUGAGUCUCCCUCUGUCACGACAGUCACCCUCCUGUCUAACCUGGGCAGCCAGUGGAGCCUGUGGUUCGGCUCCUCCGUGCUGUCUGUGGUGGAGGUGGCCGAGCUCAUCUUUGACCUCCUGGCCAUCACAUUCCUCAUGCUGCUCCGGAGGUUCCAGAGUCAAUACUGGUCCCCAGGCCGAGGGCGCAGGGGUGCCCAGGAGGUGGCCUCCACUCCAGCCUCCUCCCUCCCCUCCCGUUUCUGCCCCCACCCCGCCUCCCCAUCCUCAUCCCCGCUGGGCCCUGCCACCUCCCUGGCCUUGUCAGCCCCUCCGCCUGCCUAUGCCACCCUGGGCCUCCGCCUGGCUCCAUCAGGCCCCACGGAGGCCAGCUCCUCUGCCCACGCUCCGGGGGAGCCCUGAGGGGAAGGACGGCGUCCCCUCCCCGAGGCAGGCACUUCCCUCGGCGGGAGGGGACCAGCCUCGGCAGGACUAGAGAAUGUUUGGGGCUGCCUCUCGGAGCUGCCCAGCUGCCUGUGCUGUGGGGCAGGGAAGCAGGCUGGAUAGGGGGCUGAGGAAAUUGUCUGGAGAACCACGGGCAGCAUGGCCUUGGCUCCUGCCCUCUACCCGCUGGUCCUGCCUCAAGAACACUCUGGUUUCCCCACCCGAGUGCAGACAAGUCCUCUUUUCCCUUGGAUCAGCCAAGCCAAACUUGGAUCUUUGACAAAGAACUUUCCUAGGAAACAACUGACAACCAGAACAAAACACAAACAAGGGCACACAAAGGCAUGCACGGUUUCCUGCUCAAAGAUGACUGGAUUCAGCCCUAGAAUGGCCCUCCACGCUGCUUUCCAGGGACACAGACAUUUGCUCCUCUUCUUGAACUUGGGUGGGGAACCCCACCCAAAAGCCCCCUUGGUUAGUUGCUAGGCAAUUCCCUUUCCCUGACUCCCAGGGCAGGGGCUGGAACAGCCCAGUGUAGUAAAGACUUGGCCAUUCCCAGUCGGGAGUCCCAGGACUCUUCCAGCCUCACGACCCCGUGCCCCCACGGAGACACACCCCAGCGCCUCUGCCCUGCAUCCCUGUCCUUUGGAACUCUGUGGAUUUGCUCAAGCUAUUUCCGUAGCCUGGAAGCUUCUCCCACCAUCUGCUGGAGAACUCCUAUGCAUCCUUUAGACUCCUGCUCAGAUACCAUUACUUCUGUGCAGGCUUCUGCCCCAUCUUGUCUUGCCCAGACGUGACCACUUCCCUAUCCUGUGGACUCCCAUAGCACACCAUAACAUCCACGGAAGUGCAGAUGCUGCAUUUUACUUUCCUGUUCAUUUGUGUCUGCGUCCCCAACUAGACUGAGCUCGUUGUGGUCAGGGUUGAGUCUUGUUCAUUUAUGGAUUCUCAGGGUCUAGCCCAGUAUCCUGCUUGGAGCAAGUAGGCAGGUACUUAAUAAAUGUU